CUCUGCGGCACACACACACCGAUUGCCAGCCAGCCAGCACUCAAUCCACCACCCACCCCCUGUCGAUGACGUCACGCUCCAGCUCAAAUGCCUGCAGCAGACGGCGGGCGGCACCAACAGACACUGGAUAGCGGUCGGCGAGCGGCUGAGACCGAUCGGCGGCAGAUGGCUCCGUCGUGCGCAGGUCGAUGUCGCCGUACCCCACCCUCAGAUGGGCGGCGACGGUCUCGUUGGGUCGGAAGCCGCUCACAAUCACACGACGAAGGUCAAUCGGAUUCGCGGCAUUCAGAUUGAACCAGACGUCGCGGUAGUCGACCGCGAUGCCCUGAUCCUCACUGAUGUCGUCAGUCCUCACUAGACGGCCAUACCGAUUGUCACCACGGCCGAUAUUUGCUGCGAGCACCCUCCUGUGACCCACUCCCUCUUCAUGUGACCAGCUGAGAAGCGCGUAAAGUAGAAAUGCCGAGAAUGAGUGAUAGAGCCAGCCGCCAGAUCGGAUGACGGGAUCGGUCCUCUUGUAGCCUUCAGCAUAGGGAUGGCCGCCCGGCAGCUCACCCAACGGCACCACACGAAACGGCGCCUCGUUGCCCAUCCGAUACUGUCCGUUGUCGGCUUGCUGCAGCGCUAGGCUCUGCCCGCUGUGUGUGAGCAGGUGGCCGAACGACCGAUAGAUGGCAAUGGCCAAUGGCAGCUGAUGGAAUGCCGUCCUGCUGGGAAGGUGGGCUGUCAGCCACUGAGCCGACAGCACCAGGGGCAGCCCAUUGGCAGGCGUCAGCCGAUAGAUGGCGGCCAGCCGGAUGAACCGCCCCAUCCCAGGCCACUCGUUGCUGCCCUGCUCCAGCACAUAGGCCGCCCGCAGCACGUAGCUGAAUGGGAGAGGGGCGGUGCGGUCGAUGUCGAUGAGGCCGGUGAGGGAGUGGCGGGCGAGGG